AAAAAAAACGCUAAAUAUCUACUUUCGUUUAAGCUUUCCGUGAAAAUGGGCUUAUAUUUGCCAAUAGUUGUGAUACUUCUAAACAGCGUUUGCAGACAUGUCAUUGAAGCCCAAGCUCCAGUAUUAUCAGCCAAUGCAGCUUCAGUUACUGAAGGAAGCCCAUUGAAACUGGUUUGUGCCUUAUCAGACCCUACACCUUCAGUGACAUGGUGUAGGUCAGACUCAACAGGGACAACGGAACAAACGAUUGUUACUGUCGGUAUGCAAGGAGGCUCAUGUAUAUCAGUGCCAAGUACUCCUCCAGAUGGGUUAGUGGUAACAUGCGAUACAUUGGAGUAUAGAUGUACAAUCCCUUCUUUGAACAUUUCUGAUAAUGGAAAUGUUUGGCGUUGUUCUGUUCCAAUUGGAGGAGUCACCACUUACAGCAACUAUCUGAAAAUUAAUGUCUUAGCACGGGGCUCGGCAUGCAGUUGUUUGCCUGCAUACAUCAUAAUUGGAAUCUUGGUCCUGGUGGUAGAUUUGAUAGUAGAUUUCAUUGGAGCAAUUGCCAAUUCAAAAGGAUAGAAUGCCAUCAGAAGAGAAAAUAGGUGAUGAAUGUACAAAAAAACUUACUACAGAAAAAACAUUGUAUUUGGAUUACUCACGUACAUGAUGGUAUGAAACAAAACCACGAACUUACAUCUGAAUGUUCAACUAUUAAAAUUAUUGUUGUGAUUUAAUACUUUGUGAAAUAUUCAAGGCAUAGCUUAGUAGAACAGAUAAUCAAUUUCAAUAAAUACUUUAGAUAAUUCAAACUAUAAAAAUAUAUUGGUUUUAUUUUGCUGUUCGGAUAUCUUAUUUGGAUUUGUAUUAAAAUCUGAGUAUCAUGAUUGCUUGAAAUACACUACCAACCGCGCGUUGCCUUUGCGGGAGAGAUUGCAUCAUCGCGGUAACUUGCUGCGAUGUAUUCCGCGGUAGCCACCAUGUGGUACGCGGGUCACCGCAUUCAUCUGCGGCUACCGCGUAUGACUUCCGAAAACAAUUACGCAGCAUAUCACUGCGAUGCAGCUUACCGCGACAUGCAGGUAUUAAAACAGUGGCUGCGGGUACAAAAAGAAGAUUGUAAGUUUUACCGUAAGUUGUACCGUACUCGCAGAAUGGCUUUCAUCCGAUUGCGACGCUGAACUAUAUCCUCUCCAAAACUUGAUAAUAAGGUCGCUGAAUUAUUGAGUGUUUGUAAAAGCAUUUUUGGAAAUAAGUUAAUUGAUACUUAAGUAUACCUGCGAAAGGGCUUUCAAGCCUGUAGAAAGAGUCUGCAUUGGUGGCUGUGUUCGAUUGCUCACGCGUCUUUGUUGGGAAAGCAUAGGUUAUUGUACAUUUUUGUAUGUGUCAAAACAAAUACAAAUUGAAUUCAGUUUUCAAUUAAAAAAAUAUCAUUACACAAAGUGUUUGUUAAAAUGUGAUUUGUUAGGUAUGUUACUAUUUAAUAAAGAUUUUCAAAAAAUCUUGUUUUAAAAUGACUAGGGUCAAAUACACGUUUAAAGUAAACAGCGCAGGUUGUUUUCGUUUUUCGUUUGGAAAAUUCCCCUAAACAUUACUAGUUUUUGUAAGUUUAAUAGGGGCAUUUGAAAUUUAGAUAAGUGCGAAAAAGGUGAGGAUAACAUCAGAAAUCUUCCACAGUUGCAAAGCAUCAUUUUCAGGUAUUAAUCAAGGUUAUGAGUACAAACUAGCUACUUUAAUUACCUAAAGCAGUGUGCAAUACGCUUAAUUUGCAGGUUAAAGGGGCUAUACACCGUAUGAUGAAAUAGCGAAAGAAAAAGAAAUUGAUCGAAAACUGACAUAAACUUGGUAUCGAUGUGUACAAUGCAUGGAAACUAACUAACUGAAGUCCACAAUCAAUAUAUUUUUCGCAGUUUUUUCGUGAUUUUCCAUUAAAAAAGAUUACUAGGUAUGUUUACCUAUUAGAAUUCAUUCUUAUGCGUGAUUGGCUAGUCGAUGUUAUCACGUGAUAUUAUCAAGCUUAAGGUAAACCUUCGUUGCACAGUGGAUAACAACUCUGGACUGCAAUUUUGGCGACACAGGUACGAACCCUGUCUCCGACUCGAUUUCUUUUACAUUUUGGUAUUUUUAUUACCAUAAUGAUAAUCAAAGAGUAAAACAUGUUAUUAAAUAAUUGUCCGGAGAUUCUUUAAAAAACAACAACUUGUUUUGGUGCCAAUCUGGUUUAUAGUUCCUUUAAAGUGAAAACUAGAUUAAACAGAUAACGACGAUUAGCAAAAUCUGCGUAAAAACUCUUGGUUGGUAGUGUACUGACAGAACUUUUUCUUCUUCCAGAAAACCCCCCGAUAUUACUCAGAAUAUUUUUGGUCAACUUUUUCACUAUUGCAAUCCCCUUGUCUUAAUUGUAACCUACAACUUUAUACCCCACCUUGGGAACCUUGCAUAAUUUCAGUAUCUGUAAGCAGCUAUGAUAUCAUAUACGCCCGGGCCUUGCAACAAAUACAUAGACUUUCUAAAUGAGUAAUUAAGUUUUUUUACAUAAUCUCAUAUUUUGUGAUUAUAUAAAUUAAGAUAUUCUCUAAACGAUUAUUCAACAAAAUUUGAAUAAAUGCACGGACUUCUUGGAUUUUUAAUGAUUGUUUUUUUUUUCAAUUUUAAACGGCUUCCCCGCAGCAUAUAAUACGAGCAGUAUUAGGUACAGAUAUCUAUAAUAUAUGUUAGUUAUAAUGAUAUUAGCUUCAUGAUUUCUAAUGCACUUUUCAUCAUCAGCUAUUAACAGUUAUUAAAAUGUUCUCAGUUGCCAUAUCCUUUGAGGCUGUCUAGAUGUAGAACAACCUUUCAAAUGAGUUAAGACAAGUAGACAAUUUUAAAGAAUUCAAAAGACUUACAUACAUCUGGUCAGGACAAGAAUGCAAGUGUUCCUUGUGUCGUUUUAAAUAAGACUGUACAUAGCUUGACUAGCCACAAGUGCUUUAUACUGCUGGUUAUCUUUAACUCUUUUAUGUUACCUGUUAUAUAAAUAUCUGUUGCAUUGUAGAGCCAUUUUGAGCCAUAUGUAUCAUCAUUCUGAAGUUGUUUUCAUUUGCUUUUUUUACUGCAUAAACAUUGCUCUAAAUUUAAUGUUGUUUUGCUUUGGAAGUAUUGUAUAUGUGUAAUGUCUUAGAUAUAGAAUAAUGCUUAGACGUUAUGAACCGUUUGUGUGGAAUCUCCAUUAAUGUUUUUUAACCCUAUAUUGAUCAUACAUUUUUUUCUAAAAGUGCAUUUUUCUUUUUCAUUUUCCUCAUGUCUGCAAUACCUUUAUAAUGUUCUAUUUAGAAUCGAUGUAUUUAUAAUCAAUUAUAAUAUAAUUUUAUUCUAGUCAUAUUUAACUUUAUUCUUAUUUGAAUACAUGUAUUAUGUUCCAGGUUCGGUGUUUCAUUAUUGAAAUGUUAUUUGAUUAGCAUUUUGACGGAAUAUAGAUCUGCUUGCUAGCGUGGUAAUUUAUGUAUAUCCGACGUGAAACAAAUAUCUUGUACCCCUCGACAAAUUUGUCAAUCAUAAUGUAUUCUUUAGAUAUAAGAGGCCUUUGGCGUUUCUACUCAAGAGUAUAUUUGGCAAUUAUUAAAGCCGUGUCCAUUAGGUCUUAAGUAAAAUAUUUACUAUCAUAGAUGUGAUUUGGCUGAUGGUUCAUACGAACCCAAUGGUUCCACUGGGACCAAUAUCAUGGGUCAAAGUUUUCCGGUUUAUACCGGUUUUUGAAAGGCUCCAGUGGUCAUAUUUCGAAGUUAUGUAAAUCCGGUGAAUUGUUUCAGGGAAGUGGGAUACCGCUUCUGUGAUCAUAAUAAUUUUGACAGACAUCACCUUUCAUCACUAUAUAAACUAAAGUCAUCCAUUGAUUGAAACGACGAAAAAAGUAACUAUUCCGCCAUCUCUGCCAAGCAACCUAAUAUUAAUAUCCGAAUGUUUUUGGUUGUUUCUUUAUUUCAUUUAUUUUGUUAUAUUUAACUUUGAAAAAAAGUUAGAGUUACCUUUAACUUAAUGUGUAUUGUACGCGUUUAUGAGAUUUUUUAAUUUGUAUUGUACACCUUGGUUUCAUCCAAUAAAGUGUUAUGGCGAUUUUGUAUUGGCAGACAUAAACUGUAUUUGGCAUACAUAGUCAAAUUAGGCUUGAUCCUAAACGCAGAACGUAAUUAAUUAAAAAAAAAACAAAACACAGCACUUACUUCCCUUUGCAUUAUAAAACACUAUUCUCAUCAAUGGAGAUCACUGCGUAUGAGACGAAUUAAUUGACUACACCGAUUUAGCAGUCGAUUUGUAGCUACAAAUAUUAAUUUUGGUCUCAAAAAUUCUGGGUCGUGGGAUGGGAAACAAAGAAUAUUUGAAGUCUGGCCUUGCAUAAUGAAAAGAUAUUUAGAUUAUUUAACUAGGCGGGCUUCAAAUAUUUUAUUCUGAGAGUUAAGAAUGAAAUGCAACAACUGUUUAAACUCUACUUCUUUUUCUUUAAAACACAGUGAACAAUUUAUUUAAACAUACUAGUAAUAUGCACACAUAUACGUGCUUACCCUUAUAGUCCGACAACGAUAAGUGAGCUGUGACUUCACUUUAAAACUUUACUUAUCAUCUUUGUAUUAUUUAAGAGAGACUUUUUAGCGCAACGAACAUUAACAACAGUGUCUAUAUUUGAAUUAAAUUGCAGUCCUUUUUACCCAUAGGGAUUCUACGAUCCGUCUCGACAUUUGAAGUCCUUAUCUGUAUUUGAUUUUUUUUAUGAUUGACAAUAAGCAAUGUAUAGACCAACUAUACUGCCCUUCCAUACAUUUGUCACCAGCUUAUACAACAAAUUAAAUACCAUGGGUUUGGGUGGGAUAUUACGAGAAAUGAGUGACACUUUGUGGAAAAUCAAGAAUUUCAUCCCCUGAACAUUCAGAUAAGAGAAGUUAAAAUUUAAAAUAAUUAAACAUUUUGUUGCAAUACAGAUUAUUGUAAUAAAAUAUAUAUAUGCAUGACAGUGUAUUGCAUGAUAACAGCCUUGCAAGUAAAGCCCUUUUCUUCGCCAAACACUCAAAACAACUUACAUAAAUUUUAUAUGUUGUUACAAUCAUGAAUUGAACGCCCAGCUUAGUAAACCAUGGAUUGGCUGAACAGUUACCAGACUUUUUUAAAAUUCCAUUUCAUUUGUAUAUCCAAAUGCCUUCCCUUAACCUUUUUUUUAAUUUUUAACCCCCCAAAAUGUAUUUUUAUCGAAAUUGCAAUAUGCAACAAAACCGAAAGUUACUUUUUGAAAAACUAAAUUAAGCGUGCACAACUUCAUAACAAGAUUUGCAUAUCACGUGACUUUCUGAAUUACUUUUGAUUUGCAUUUUUUUACUAAGUCGUGUUGGGUUUAAAUAGUUAUCCAUUUUUUUCAUUAUUUUACUCCGCGAUAUCGAAAUUUAAAAAGUAUGUUGGGUAUAGUGGGGUGCGAACACACGCCGGAAAAGUCAAGAAAAAAUACCUCAAUUUAAUCUUAAACUAGACCACCGGUACUUUCUCACAGGAAUGAGAUAUUUUGACAUGUUAACAUACAUUGAUCACAUCAAGUGAUAAUGUCAGUCAAUGAAUAACGUAACAAAACCGUUGACGCUUUUUUUAAAAUUGUCUUCAAAAACCAUAUUUGAGCAAAUAUCAACAUUUGCUGAUGAGUUCCAGCUUUUAGUAUCUUAGUUUUAAUAUUUCUAAUGAUUUGCCACACUUUGUUGCAUUUUACAAAAACAUGAGCGAGUACCAAUCUGCAAAUGUUUACUCAACAACUUUUAAAAAAAUUCCUUCGAAAAUACUUGUAUCUCCUUUAUUUUAGAAACAGGAGCUUUAUUUAUGUAUAUGAAAUUCCAUUUGAAAACGUGUAGAGUAUUUCUUUAGUUAUUUCUCCUGUCUAUUCCGGCAACUGCUCGGGUACUAUUUGCUAAGCGUUAUGUUCCACCAACGUUAGUAUUUUCCAAACAUUUCUUUUUAAUAAAGCAUGGUGUGGACCUCCGGAAUUAAUCAGACUCACUUAUAUUUUUUUCUAAUUAUUUAAUUCAUAGUGGCACAGAGGCUUUAAUGAUUAAACGAUUAUAUAUUUUGAUGAAUGUGUUAUUGUUGGAGAGUUUAGGUUUUGCGUAUAAAAUGAUGUAUAGAAAAAAGACUUGUAUUCUUUUAAGUUAUAUAAAUUAUAAUGUUUAAUAUGUUGCAUGCACAUUUGUUAUUAUGAUAAUAAUAUUUGAAAUGUUUAUAUGAACUAAUAAUUGUAGCUGCUUCUUACUUUUGCUCAUUGAAUGAAGAAUAAAAAUCCCUGAUUAAUAAUUUGAUGAUUAAUUUUAAUUAUAAGAUUUGAAAAAAGAAAUAUUUGAAAAAGAUAACAUUACUGAAUUUGUUUGAAAAUACGACGUGCUUUGGAACUGUUUGAUGUUUACUGUAUUUUCAAAUUAUUGCACGUCAUGACGUCAGUAUACUAUGACGAAAGUGCUUGUUGGUGAAAAUAACGAAAACUGUUUGUAACAUAAAAUGUUAUAAAAAUUUUAAUUAAAGAUGUACAAGAAAAAGAAUAAAUAAUGUGUUUCUGGUACAGAUGGGAAACUCGGGCACUCGGGCAUGCUAUGUAGUCUGGGUCACUCUGCAAGCCUUACUAUUGUAACAGCUUCAUACAUGCCCUCGGGUCAGUUUAACCCACCUCACCAUAAACAAUUGAAAAAUACUGAUAUAAUGUUGUGCAUGCAGUCAUAUUGAGAAUAAAACAAUCAUCUGAUGUGAUUCAUUUUAUAUUUGUUUUUGCCUAGUUGACUUUAUAUUGUGUACCUAUACCUGUUGCUUACUAUAAUAAAAGUGUCAUUUGUG